GCUCAGGUUUCUGACCAGCGUCCUGCUGACCUGUAGGCGGAGGGCAGCAACCUGAUACACAACAAACUACAGACACUGCAGAAACCAGUAUAACUGCAGGUCUAAACGCGGAUUCUCAGCGGAAUUACAGCAUUACAGACAGUAGACUGCAGUAGACUGCACUGCACGAGCUGUUAAUAAGAUCAGAAACUGUUGCUGACUGAAUUCUGCAGGAUUAUGGGAACGAGAAGGGUUCUGGUGACCGGAUGCUCCUCUGGAAUCGGGUUGGCGGUGGCUGUGAGACUUGCCAAGGAUGAGAUGAAGAGGUUCAAAGUGGUGGCCACCAUGCGAGACCUGGAGAAGCGAGGGGCUUUAGAGCGAGCAGCCGGAGACACACUGAGCAGGACCCUGGAGAUUCGGCCGCUGGACGUCUGCUGUGAGGAUUCUAUCAGGGAGUGUGUGAACAGCAUGCCGGAGCGCCGGGUCGAUGUCCUGGUGAGCAACGCGGGCGUGGGCAUGAUCGGGCCUCUGGAGGUCCAGAGUGUGAGGGAGAUGCAGGAUCUCUUCAACACUAAUUUCUUCGGGCUGGUGAGGCUGGUGAAGGAGUUGCUGCCAGACAUGAAGAGGAGACAGAGCGGACACAUCGUGGUGAUGAGCAGCGUCAUGGGCAUUCAGGGCCUGCUCUUCAACGAUGUCUACGCUGCCUCAAAAUUCGCAGUAGAGGGCUUUUGUGAGAGCCUUGCUGUGCAAGCUAUGAAGUUUAACAUUAAUCUGAGUUUGGUGGAGCCGGGGCCGGUGAUCACCGAGUUCGAGAGGAAGGUGUACGAGGAGGCGCAGAACAUGGACCUGUCCGGGACCGAUGAGGAAACAGCCAGAAUCUUCUGCGAGAUUUACCUGCCCUACUCCAGAAAGGUGUUCUCUUCUCUCGGACAGACGCCGGAGGAGGUGGCAGAGCAAACCCAUCAGCUGCUUGUAGCAAAGAACCCGCCUUUCCGUCACCAGACCAACCGCCUGUACACCCCCAUGACGGCCAUGAAGCACGCAGACCCCACAGGCCGCCUGCCUAUAGACGCCUUCUACAAGAUGGUCUUCCAGCACGACCGCGUGUUUAACGCCAGUCUGGGCAUCAUGCGGCUGCUCCAGAGGAGGACGGGGAAGUCUUAAUCGCUUGGGUUCUGGAGGACAAUGGAUAGUUGGUGAAACUGCGUGUGAAUACUGUACACAGGCUGUGUGUGUGUGUGGGGGGGGGGGGGGGGGGUGCGGCUGUCACAUACUUGAAAUAGUUUAACAGUUUUAAAGGAGAACUCUGGUGUAAAAUUGAGUUUGUGUGUAGUAAAAUAUGAU